UCUAGACUAUUGUCUGCUCCACUGCCCGUCGUUUGUUUACUUCAUCAGUACACACGAUCGAACAGUCACAAGAUGGGCGAGAGGUACAACAUUCACAGUCAAUUGGAGCAUCUGCAGUCCAAGUACAUCGGCACGGGUCACGCCGACACGACCAAGUUCGAGUGGCUGGUGAAUCAGCACCGCGACUCGUGCAGCUCCUACAUGGGCCACUACGACCUACUGAACUUCUUCUCGAUCGCCGAGAACGAGGCCAAGGCGCGCGUCAGAUUCAAUCUCAUGGAGAAGAUGCUGCAGCCCUGCGGUCCGCCACCGGAGAAGCCGGAAGAUUAAUUCCAGCGCUCAUAGGUUCCUUCUCUGUAUUAUUUACAUCCAUAGCCUCCAGCUUUUUAUUUACACUCUCGGAUUCUCUGUCUUGUUCCAACGCUUUGUUCACG